AUGACUGCCGGACCCACCUCUCUUGGCGGAGGCCUCGAAAAUGGCCCAUGGAAAGCAACCCCAGACAUCUGGGUAGCACGCUUCGAAAAUAUACCACUCGCCCACGGACGUCUCCCCGCUGCCCGUCUAGUCGCUGGAAAUGCAGUUGCUGGAAAUGCAAUCCCCCCGGGAAAUAAUCGUUCCGCUGGACCGCCGACUCCACCAGUCCACGGUAACGUCAUGGCAACAACCGUGGCGACGGCCGUGGCCACUGCGAGUAUAGGUGCAGUUAAACAACCAACUGGAAACGCGCUCAGUCAGCCCACUGCCGAUCCUCAAACGAUGACCGACGGUCAACCCAUCACGGCCGGUCAACCCAUGACGGCCGGUCAACCCAUGACGGCCGGUCAACCCGUGAUGCAGGCAUCCGUUCCUUCGAUCAACCACCCACUCGGUGCACUCGUCGAUAAAGUCGUUUCUAGACCGGUCGUGGUACCGGGAACUAACCCGCUUUUGUUCAAUAUCAUAUAUGAGGCCAUGACCUCGGUGGACGUGGACACUGAAAUCAUUGAAACGCUUACCGGGAAAAGGCCCCGCAAGCGAGUCGCCGGACAGCCUGGCGGUCCAUCGCCUGAUAGCGUAUACACGAAAGUCAGACCCGGCCCCUUUUCGAUCCUGGCGCCUGAUGGUGGUUCAUCAUCCAGAGAAAUAGUAGGUGACAAAAUCAACAACGAAAUUUCCGAAGGUCGUCAUCACUCGAACGAAAGUCGCGGCGAAGGUCGUCACUCCGGCGAAGGUCGUCGUGACUCGAACGAAGGUCGCCGCUCAGCCGCUUUGAUACGGUCAGAGUCAGAAUCCGCACUUUCCCAACGAGAGAGGUCCAAAGGAGAAAAAAGGUCAUAUGGAGCAGCUGUUACCGUUGACGGUUGUUGCCGGCAUUGCGGAACCGAGGAGACGCCCCAAUGGCGCUACGUCCAUCGCGAGAAGUUUUGCAACGCAUGCUACAUGCGAAUAAAGCGUUGGGUGCAUUCGAACUUAAAUGGUCGGAGACUCCCUUCCAGAGCUCGCUCGGAUGUAGACCCCGAAGAUGACGCCAAGUUCUCCCAACAAGCCCAAGAAAUCGUUACCAUCGCGCUUCGUAGUCUUUCGAAUGCUUGA